AUGCGCUCACUAAUUCUUCUCCCUUUGUUUGCUUUGCUGCACCCAGCUGGUGCUAGUCCGGAUCUGGGCGCAAACAGUCAACCGGCUACGGUGCCAUCUCAAUCGAGGCAUGCAGCUGGACCGAACUCCGGAUUGAACAUCUUCAUACCAAACUACAAGGCAGAUCCUAAUUGGCUUCCACUUACGCUUUCUCUAAAGACAGUCGGUUUACAAGUGAAGGUCAUUCAAACACUGAAUCUUUCUUCGCAAUGCAGAGAUCUACUCAUCUACACGUCCCCAAGCGUGAGCUACAGCCCGAGCUCUACCGACGUCGUUACCUUGACCUCGUUCGUGGCCAAAGGUGGUAGAUUGAUCUUCAUGAACCAGGUUCCUACUGCCCUUCAAGCCCUUGCAGGUGUUACUGCAUCUAAAGUAGACUCGAGUGGUUCGCGAUCCGUCAUUCAACUGACAAACACCGAGACACCUGUACAGGCUCUCCAAGGUUUCGACUUCUCAGAGUACUACGACGUAAGCAUGCCAUUUUAUGAGAACUACACCGAGAGUGGCUUAGUCAAUGUUGGCUAUACCGCUGCCAGAGGCUCACAAACACUUGGUAAAUAUUUGGUUCGAAACGAUGGCGUGGACAGCGCAGAUACAUCGGCUACAAGCGCUGCCAUCGUCAAACAUCAGCCUUCGGGCGCGACCGGAUAUGUCUACAGUUUUGGUAUGGACCUGGGAUAUCUGUUUAUCCAAGCUCAAAAUGAAGCCGGCGGCUACUCGCCAUGGUACGACGGACAUUAUUAUCCCGGGUACGAUAUCGGCACACGCAUCAUCAAGAACAUUGUCACUACUAGCCCCCAUUUCGUCAGCCUAUGGUCGGUUCCGUACAACAAAGGCCUUGCUUUCACCACAACCUGGGAUAUCGAUACCUAUGUCUCGUACCCCCACGGCCAGGGUAUUGCAGCCGCCGCACAAGAUCGAGGUGCAGCGGGUAAUCUGAACCUUCACACCAAGUACGUCACCGAUGCAUACGAAACUGCAUACUUCCAGUAUGGCGUUCCGUACAUCUAUCAGAUUAGUGGGUUCCGCACUGCUCCUGACGGAAACCCGUAUAUCGACUUUGGAAGUCACACCGUCAGUCACUCGCCGAACGCAGCUGGUUUCGGCUAUGGCACUCUCAAUGAGCGAUUCCUCCAAGGAACCGACUCAGGCUACUAUCCAGUCAUCCACCAAUGCGGACCCAACGCUGACGGAACGCCUACUAACGGAGAGGUAUGCACCAAGGGAGGUACCAGUGGGCUUUCUUUUUACACAUCGGGUGCUUCCUCAUCGGGAGAGGUCCGCGUGAGCGCUUACUUGAUUCGACACAUACUUCACGAUGAGUUCAAGACCAACUACAACAUGACCACCUACCGUCCAGGUAAUCUUGCUUGGAGCAAGUACCAAGCCACGCAUUGUGUGGCAAACGGAAUUAUCGGUGGCUCCUCGUGCGCGGGCAAUUCGCAUCUCACGCAUCUUCCUUUCCAAGUCACUCACAACCGCGAGUCAUUCCAGGAGCUUCCAUACUACGAGUUCCCGCUUCAAUGGUCUGACGGUGAUGGGAACAUGAGCAGCGCCGACUUUCCAGGGUCGGACUUCUCGAAUCAGAUCAAGUACAUCAAGAAAAUGGCACGUUAUGGCGGCCACUACAACAUCUUGAUUCAUCCUUCAGAUGCGUUGUUCGACAAGAUUCAAAUCCAGCGCGCUCUUCACGACACCGUGCGCCCUUUUGCGGUCUUCUUCAACCAGACAGGAAUUGCCAAUUGGUGGACUAAUCGAGACCGUGCAAUUGUAGACAUCACAGCAGCAGACAAGUCAUCUGCUAUCAUGACGGUUCGUUUGGAUGGCGUUACAGAAGGCCUCACCCUACAAGUGCCUCGGAAUUACGCCUUUCAAUCUGCGACGGGCUCUCUUUCAGUCUGCCAGCAGGUUUCCUACGAUGGAACGACGAACGCAGUGGUACUGCGAAACACGUCAAAGGGUCAAUUUACACUCUACUUCGCCGUUGGUACAAACAAUGCAACCACCUCCACGUGUCCUGAUUUCACUCCUAAACCGCUAGGAGACACGGAAUGCAUAGCAUGGGACGUCAUGAUCGACGAUUUUCUAGAGCUUUACUUUGGCAGCAAUAACGUCAACCUGCUCUUGUUGCAAACGACUGCAACAGGGCUCUCGUCGAAUAACGUAGACGGCACUUUGCAGCUCACUGCAACUACCGAUAGCGGUGUCAACGCGUACUACACGGAAAUCUCCCGCUUUUGCUUCGACGCUUCCAUCUACACACAUCUCUACUUUGACAUGGUCGCUCCCACAGGAUCCAGCUUUUACGUACAGCUGGUUUCGUACGACUCUGGAUGCAAUACCGAACAACCGAGCGCUUCGUACUUGGACGUGACUAGGUACGCGCCUGCUGAUGGCUCGAACCAUACUGUCACCAUACCGUUGUCGGACUUUACGGGCCAAGACAUGAAGCAUGUUCGCGGAAUCCGCAUCGGCAACAUCUCGCCUGCUCAGACACCCAUCUACAUUGACAACAUCAAGAUCCAGAAGCGAUGUGUGACAGCACCAGGAGAAGACCGUACCCCAGGUCUGGCGGUUGAGUCAUUCCAGAAUGUUGACCGGUGGAUCACUGGUAUCAACAACAUAUUUGGUCAGACUGACUACAACAACUCGAUGACGUUUGCAAAGCUGUCAGAACUGGGAAGAAUGCAGUUGUUACCUUCGAGUGCCAACUCGUUCUUCUAUACCGACACGAAUGUUGAUGGAGUCUUUUUGAAUGCUACUGCAUACACAGGAGUCUCUCUCAACGCCCGUGGCCCAUCUGGUGGCUCCUUCGAUGUCGUCCUGACAUCGAGCACCGGUAAAACCUCUACUGUCAACACCAGGUCUUAUGCUUCCUUCAGCCAGAGUAACUUUGCCAACAUCACGAUUCCCCUUACCGCUUUCUCAGGAUUCAACACCGACUCCCUCAGCCGCAUCACGCUACGCAACUUUACACCCAACGGCGGCUCUGCUGCCAGUAACUUCACGAUGCGAUGGAUCUCUCUUUUGGGUGGACCUUCCACAAUCGGCGCUGGUCCGCGUUGCCCGACUCCAUCUGGGUUUGUGGUAUUGAACUUCUGCGAUCCGAAUGAGUUCAAAUCGCAAACCAACGCACUAGGAGCCCCUAUCUCUGACGACAAGACGAUGACCUCAUACAAGCAGCCUUCCCGUGGGGCUGUCGAACUCGUUCCCCGUGACGCCUCGUCUUACUUCUACUCGCUGCUCGCUCAACCGACCAACUGUAGAGCGGUGAACAGUUCCUUUGACUCGAUCAUACUUACGGUUUCAGGCCCACAGGAUGCAACCGCCAACAUUGGUUUCAAGUAUGGUACUGACAGUUGCAUUACCAACGUGGUCACGUCUUACAUUCCAAUCACUUUUAACGCCGCGUCGACAGCGCUUACGAUCCCGUUCUCUCGCUUCCCUGACAACUUCAACCCACAAUAUCUCCAGUCGUUCAUCAUGAACAAGUUCAACUCUCCCGGCCAAACCUAUCGCAUCCACUCCUUGGUCUUCACAGGGCCGGCCGACAGCCCGGGUUGCGCGCUCUGCUCCGGUACCAUCCUGAAUACCUGCACGUUCGUGUCGCAAGUUCCACGAAACAAUCGACUCCUUGGCGCGAUGACUGAUGAAGGCUCUCUUGCUUCAUACACUGUCGAUAGCGACGGGUCUCUUAACAUGGGCACUUCCGGCGACUCGUACUGGUACUCCCAAUUCGAGUCUGGAUGCUACAAUGCAAAAUCAGUAAACGCGACAGGCAUCCAACUCUCCAUUGCGGCACCUGCAGGUACCACUUUCCGCGUCACCAUGCGCUGGAAAACUGACGAAGAAUGCACAACGACGUCGCCUCCGUCUUCUGUCCCCAUCACUUCCUACUUGACCUUUACUGGCGCCAAUACAUACCAAGUUGCACAGAUUCCCUUCUCUGAUUUCGGUGGCAUGAACGCAAGCAGACUGGACAGCGUCGCAAUCUCAUCUUUCAACCCCUCUGGCGUGGACAUCAAGGUCGGCUGCAUCAGUUUGACAUCGGUUCCAGAACCCGUUCCAGGAACAUCAGGACAUCCGGUAUGCACAUGUCCUGACUCUGCAUGGUUGAACUACUGUACCCCAGGAGUUGCGAACAGUAACGCGAACGGCUAUGUCCAGAGCGAUGACGGGACUAUGGAAGUUGCGCCGGCCGUCACCAACGGCGCGUUGGUUCUGCAUCCCAGUGUAUCUGGAUCUUACUGGUACUCGCUCCAGAACUGCGCGGAUAUCUCUGCAUCGCAAUACCUCGUUCUCAAUGUCACGGCGAACGCAGGUGCCGGUUUCAACGUGCAGCUGCAGAGUGGUGGAUUCGGAUGUGAUGGCCAGACACCAAUUCAGCGACUCAGUGUGCCGAGCAGCGCGUAUGGCAGCAUGAAUGGCAGUCCUGUUGUUCUGAGAAUUCCGCUGUCGGCUUACACGGCGAUGGGGAAUAGUCAGUUCACUUUGUCGAAGAUUGAUGCGGUUGCGCUAGAGGGUUUCAGCGCCGAGACUUCGCAGUACCUCAUUCAUUGCGCGUAUUUUGAUAAUGGUGCGACGAACGGUACCGCGGGGAUAAACGGCACCGCGUCGUAG